AUGAGCUACAAGGGCAUGAAGAAAAGUGGCGGGACACACGAUGGAAAUUUCAACUGCGUCCUCCAUGUGCACUCUGCCAUUGAAGAAGUCACAUUUGCUGCGCUGCUGCACAAGCUGCAGAAGGGCACCAACAGAAAGAGUAAAAACCCUCCGACACAUGCCAAGAGGGGCGACAGCAUCAUUGCGCGCAUGCAAGUGAUUGGUGGAGCGGGAUCUGUUUGCGUGGAGAAGUUUGAGGAUUAUCCCCAGAUGGGCCGCUUUACUCUUCGUGACCAGGGACAAACCAUUGCCAUUGGCAAGAUCACCAAGCUCAUUCUUGAUGGCUCCGAGUAA